AUGGGAUUUUUAUUUGUAGCUUAUUGUGCCUACCUUAUCUCUCAAAUGUACAACAACCAACCACUGUUACAAAUAUCGUCGGAAUACAUUGGUCACGAUAGCGCUACACCCGAUAUCGAAUUAUGCGCACAAAACUCCAGUUUAACUGUGGUUAAAUGUUCGGUGAUGUAUUAUAAUUGGACCACCCAAGACAUACCCAAUUGCUGGGAAACCUUGUUUCGACCUGGAGUCAAUGAUCUAGCAACCAAGUGUUAUGUCUUUGAAUCCAAUGAUACGUUACGCAUGUCGAGAGGGGUAACUUAUGAUAGUCGCGAUGCAUUAAGAAGAAUUGAUUUUUAUUGGAAUAUCGACGCUUUAUUUAAUAUGACUUAUGCUUCGAUUUCUAUACCUGCGAUUGCAAUCCAGUUGUAUAGUCCGACUUUUAGUAGUUGGAAGGUUGAUACUAUUGGAACCACAGAGAUUGAAGCCAAUAUGAUGGCCAAUAUCGCUUCGGGUGGUGCUUCCACCGCUACUUCGUUUGUCAAUUAUUCUACCAUCAUUUUUUACCAUCCACAAAAGUACCGUGCCAUUAGACCCAAUGAUAUUUCCACUCUCUUUGGAUUCAGUUCCAAUUUUAUCGAUUUAAUCACGUUAAAGACAAAUUCAUUUUCAUGGCCAAUCCAACUCGAUCCACCGACACCAACCAUCGAAAGAAACUUAUAUCAAGGGGUAUUCUCCGUACAAUUAGAUCAAGAUACCUUUGACGUCAAGACAGAGGUAAUGCAGCACUCUUUAGUCUCCUCCAUUGCUCUGGCAGGUGGUUGUUACAGUGUACUCACGACCAUUUACGUGAUAUUAUUCGGUAUGGCAAAACUCUCCCCCUGGGGAAUUGUGCAUCGUAUCCCUACAUGCAUCAACAAUCAUCCACCACCAGAGUACAAUCCAAACAGCACCCAGUACACACAUACACAGCAUCAAAAUGAAAAGACACAAAACAGCUUCUUUGGGCUACUGUCGUGGGUUUCUUUUACAAAAAAGAAUAUAAAGAGGAACAAUGCAGUAGCACAAGAAGUAGCAGGAUCACAAUUGGAAAGAUUAAAAGUAGAUGAUUUUUCGGCAGAGACAUCAUGCCUUACUAGUUCGACGGGUUUAUUGCCACCUCAUUAUCAUAAUAAUGGAGGGGAGAGUAGUAAGCAUUUCCCGGAGGAUCAUAAAUUGGCAUGGCAGGAGGAAAGUGAUGAGGUGAAUAAGCUGAAAAGGGAAACGCUUGUCUUAUCUCAACGUAUGGAAGAGAUGGAGUUUAUGCUGUCAGAGUAUUUUAUAAAUACAAGAUAUUUGGAUCAGUUACGAAGUAGGAGGAAAUCAUCUACUUUGGAGGAUACAGAAGUCAUGGCCGAUUAA